AAGUUUCCAUGGGAAGGGCCCUUGCCUUUACGUAAUACAACCGUUAAAGUGUUUCUGGAACGUAGGCAGCGCAAAAAGUUAUAUUUCACCAGGAACAAUGAGUGCUGUGAAUACUGCAAACAUCAAUUUCAAGUGGGAUCCCAAAAGCCUGGAGAUCAGGACCUUGGCUGUCGAGAGGCUCCUCGAGCCACUUGUCACUCAGGUAACAACUCUUGUGAACAGCAGUAACAAAGGACCAUCAAGUAAGAAGAAAGGCCGCUCUAAGAAGGCUCAUGUCUUGGCUGCUUCAGUAGAACAGGCAACUCAAAACUUCCUGGAGAAGGGAGACAAAAUUGCAAAAGAGAGUCAGUUUCUUAAAGAUGAACUUAUAGCUGCUGUGGAUGAUGUCCGAACCCAAGGUGAGACUAUGAAAUCUGCUUCUGGAGAAUUUGCUGAUGACCCCUGUUCCUCUGUGAAACGUGGGAAUAUGGUUCGUGCUGCUCGUGCCUUGCUUUCUGCAGUCACUCGCCUGUUGAUUCUUGCUGAUAUGGCAGAUGUAUAUCGAUUACUUGUACAACUUAAAAUUGUGGAGGAAGGAUUAAAGAAGGUGAUAGUGGCUGGCAAUGAGCAAGAACUGGGGAUACACUAUAAAGCCCUGAAGCCAGAGGUUGACAAACUGAACUUAAUGGCAGGAAAAAGACAGCAGGAACUGAAAGAUUUAACACACCGCGAUCAGAUGGCAGCUGCCAGGGGAGUUCUGCAAAAAAACAUUCCAGUGCUCUAUACUGCUUCACAAGCUUAUCUGCAGCACCCAGAUGUGGCAGCAUAUAAAGCUAACAGGGACCUUAUUUACAAACAGCUCCAGCAGGCAGUCAGCGGCAUCUCCACUGCAGCCCAGGCCACUGCAUCAGAAGAUGCUACUGUACCACAGCCGGGUGGUGGGGGAGAGCUGGCUUAUGCACUUAACAACUUUGACAAACAAAUCAUUGUGGACCCUCUGAACUUCAGUGAAGAGCGAUUCCGGCCUUCCUUAGAAGAACGUUUGGAAAGUAUCAUUAGUGGAGCUGCAUUGAUGGCCGAUUCUUCUUGCACACGUGAUGACCGGAGGGAACGCAUUGUUGCAGAGUGUAAUUCAGUGCGACAAGCCUUACAAGAUCUCCUUUCAGAAUACAUGGGCAAUGCUGGACGAAAGGAGAGAAGUGAUGCACUGAAUGCUGCAAUUGAUAAGAUGACAAAAAAGACAAGAGACUUGCGUAGGCAGUUACGCAAAGCUGUCAUGGAUCAUGUUUCUGACUCUUUCUUGGAGACCAACGUUCCUCUUCUUGUUCUGAUUGAAGCUGCAAAAAAUGGAAAUGAGAAGGAAGUUAAAGAAUAUGCUCAGGUUUUUCGAGAGCAUGCUAACAAAUUGAUUGAGGUGGCUAAUCUGGCUUGCUCCAUUUCAAAUAAUGAAGAAGGCGUGAAGCUGGUUCGCAUGUCAGCUGGUCAGUUGGAGGUUCUGUGCCCUCAGGUUAUUAAUGCUGCAUUGGCAUUGGCUGCCAAGCCCCACAGCAAGGUCGCGCUGGAGAAUAUGGACUUGUUUAAAGACCAGUGGGAAAGACAAGUUCGUGUAUUGACUGAUGCUGUAGAUGAUAUCACUUCCAUUGAUGACUUCUUGUCUGUAUCAGAGAAUCACAUUUUGGAAGAUGUCAACAAAUGCGUAAUAGCCCUUCAGGAGAGGGAUGUAGAUGGACUGGACCGUACUGCUGGUGCCAUUCGUGGCCGUGCUGCCAGAGUCAUCCAUGUUGUCACCUGCGAGAUGGACAACUAUGAACCUGGAGUCUACACUGAGAAAGUUAUAGAAGCCACAAAGCUGCUCAGUGACACAGUGAUGCCUCGUUUUACGGAACAAAUUGAAAGAGCAGUGGAAGCUUUGAGUGUCGAUCCUUCUGAACCUGUUGAUGAAAACGAAUUCAUUGAUGCAUCACGACUGGUGUAUGAUGGCAUUCGUGACAUCAGAAAGGCAGUGCUCAUGAUUCGGACUCCAGAUGAGUUGGAUGAUUCAGAUUUUGAGACUGAAGACUUUGAUGUCCGAAGCAGAACAAGUGUGCAAACAGAAGAUGAUCAGCUCAUUGCAGGACAAAGUGCAAGGGCCAUCAUGGCACAGCUUCCACAGGAGCAGAAGGCCAAAAUUGCAGAACAAGUUGCCAGCUUUGAACAGGAGAAAAUCAAAUUGGAUGCCGAGGUCUCCAAAUGGGAUGACAGUGGAAAUGACAUCAUCGUUCUGGCCAAACAGAUGUGUAUGAUUAUGAUGGAGAUGACUGAUUUUACAUGUCCUGACUCUACUUGCAAACAGGACCUCCUGGCAUAUUUGCAACGCAUUGCCUUGUACUGCCACCAGUUAAAUAUUUGCAGCAAAGUGAAGGCUGAAGUUCAGAACCUUGGUGGAGAACUUGUCGUAUCUGGGGUGGAUAGUGCCAUGUCUUUGAUCCAAGCUGCCAAGAACUUGAUGAAUGCUGUUGUACAAACUGUGAAAUACUCGUAUACAGCUUCCACAAAGUACCAGAAGUCCCAGGGAAUGGCUUCUCUCAACCUUCCUGCUGUGUCCUGGAAGAUGAAGGCUCCUGAAAAGAAACCAUUGAUCAAGAGAGAGAAACAGGAUGAAACCCAAACCAAAAUCAAAAGGGCAUCACAAAAGAAGCAUGUUAACCCAGUGCAGGCCCUUAGUGAGUUUAAGGCCAUGGAGAGCAUUUAAAGCAGUAGAAAAUGGUUUUCUGGCAGAUGUUUACAUUUGGUUUUACUUAGAAGGCAUUUCUGUUCUUUCCUGUCCACAUAAACAUUGUACACAAUUUAGAAGCAAACUUGUGAGCAUUCUUCCCGCCAUCUUCGUAAGGGUCUGCUUUCAUUAGCACACUUAGAAUGCUGCAGUCUACUGCCUGUUUUGGACCAUAAGGGGUUGGGGGGCUUAGUUUGACUGCAUGCUACUGUUGCGCUUCUAAGAAUAGCUUUUAUACCAUCAAAUGCUAUGUACUUUGGAGAAUUUGAAAAACUAAGUGAAUGCUGUAACUGGAUUAUGGGUUUUUUCUUUUUGUUUUUUUUUUUUUUUUUAACCUUUUUAGCUCUUCCAA